AUGGUAGACAUAGAAAAGCAAGAAAAGCAAGGCUUCUCUUCCGACGACACGGAUCAAAAUGCUGAGAUCGUGGGAUGGGAUGGCCCCGAGGACCCUGAGAACCCAUUUAACUGGUCCACAUUUAGAAAAACAAGACAGCUGGUGUUGAUGGCAUUUAACACAUUCAUCACUCCUCUCGCAUCAUCAAUGUUCACCCCCGGAGUCAGCGAGGUCAUGAAAGACUUCAACAUCACCAGCAGCAUGAUGGGUUCCUUCGUCGUGACCGUCUUCAUUCUCGGUUAUUGCUUCGGUCCAUUCUUAAUCGCCCCCCUCUCCGAAAUCUACGGCCGUGUACCCUUAUACCACGUCUGCAACUUCUUUUUCCUCAUCUUUAUCAUUGCUUGUGCCGUGGCUCAAUCUAUGCCACAGCUCAUUGUCUUCCGAUUCCUGGCCGGUUUGGCGGGCGUUUGCCCCCUUACCAUCGGCUCUGGUACUGUCGCUGAUAUGAUCACCAAGGAGAGACGUGCUGGUAUCAUGGCAGUGUGGGCUAUGGGACCUAUCCUUGGCCCUGUUAUUGGCCCUGUCGCCGGUGGCUUCUUAUGCGAAGCUGAGGGGUGGCGAUGGGUCUUCUGGGUGAUUGCGAUUACAACUGGUGUCAUGAUGAUUCUGACUAUGAUCUUUUAUCGUGAAUCCUAUGCGCCGGUAGUCCUCGAGCGUAAGGUCGAGCGUCUUCGCAAGGAAACAGGAAAUCCAAACCUCCGAUCAACCCACAAUCCAGGAAAACUCAGCCGAAAACUAUUCCUCAAUGCGCUGGCGCGUCCGAUCAAGCUGCUUUUCCGUUCCCCGAUCGUAUUUCUAAUGGUUCUGUUCGCCGCCACGGCAUACGGAUACCUCUACCUAAUGUUCACCACCAUGACCGAAAUCUUCGAGGAUAAAUACGGCUUCUCCUCCGGAAUCGCCGGUCUCACAUACUUAGGCUUUGGUAUCGGCAGUAUCAUCGGGCUGCUUACCACCGGCGCCGUAGCUGACCAUAUUGCUCGGACUCAUACCGCGCGUGGCUGUUUCGCUCCAGAGUCCCGUCUGCUGCCCAUGAUGGUCGGUUGCUGGUUUAUGCCCGUGGGACUAUUCUGGUACGGCUGGGCUGCCGAGUCCAACACCCCCUGGAUUGUCCCCAUCCUGGGCCUUGGUGUCUUUGGUAUCGGCCUGAUGUCCGUCUUCAUGUCCGUCAGCACCUACCUGGUGGACUCGUAUCUGGCCUAUGCGGCAUCCGUCACUGCGGCAAAUACGGCUCUGCGGUCGCUAGUCGGUGCUCUGUUGCCGUUGGCCGGUCCGGCCCUUUAUGAUAGACUGGGACUGGGAUGGGGGAAUUCGUUGCUUGCUUUCAUUGCGCUGGUGAUGUGUGCGGUGCCUUUUGCUUUUUGGAAGUGGGGAGCUGCGAUUCACAAUCUUACUGCAAAGCUCAAGGCCAAGCCCAACCAGCUCCCCAAACAACCAAGUAGUCGUGACGAUGCAGUGGAUUAUCUCGAAGCACACAUGGGAAACGUCAACAUCAAUCUAGUCGCGCUUCGUCGCAAGAUAGAUCGACGCGUACUUCCUUACAUGUUCUGUUGUUAUAUCUUGCAGUUUCUUGAUAAAGUCAUGCUCAACUACGCAGCCAUUAUGGGAUUAAAAAAAGAUUUAAAUCUCACUGGAAAUGAAUUUUCAAACACGGCUACUUGGUUCUUCAUUGCAUCUUUAAUAGCCGAAGUACCAAACGUCUACUGCCUCCGCAAAUUCCCGGCUGCAAAGUGGCUCGGCGCGAACGUUUUUCUCUGGGGUCUGGCUGCGGCCUCCUCAGCCGGUGCGCGCGGAUAUCGAAGUCUGCUGGCUACACGUAUCUUUCUGGGGAUCUUUGAAGCAACGGUCGGUCCAUCGCUGAUGCUGAUCAGUAGUCAAUACUAUACGCGUAGUGAACAAGCUCCGAGAUUUACACUUUGGUACAUGGGGCUGGGCGUUGCUCAGAUCCUAGGUGGGAUUAUCUCAUUUGCGUUUCAACACGUCCACCACGCAGCACUGGAUGGGUGGCGCAUCAUGUUCUUGGUGCUGGGCUUAAUCACCAGCAUCGUCGGUAUAUUGACGUUCUUCUUUAUUCCCGACACGCCGAUCAAGGCUUCGUGGCUAUCGGAUGACGAGAAGACUGCCCUUCUGCGACAUGUCAGCGAGAAUCAGACUGGCGUCUGGAGCGCGAAGUUUAAUCCGGAGCAGAUCUGGGAAGCGGUGCAAGAUAUUCAGCUCUGGCUCUUAGCCACCACGACAAUUCUGAUAUCAGUAUCCAGCGGCGUGGUAACCACCUACUCCGCAACCCUGAUCGCAGGCUUCGGCUUCUCGGGCCCCAUAUCUGCGCUCCUAAACACACCCUCCGGUCUGGUAAGUAUAUUCUUUACGUUGUUAGUCGGAUACGGAAUCCGCAAGUUCUCCCACCGCUGGGUCUGGAGUGUUCUGUGCACCAUUCCCGCCAUCACCGGCGCAGCCAUGAUGUCCUUUAUCCCGGCAACGAACAAGGCCGGCGUACUAAUAGGCAUCUACCUGGUUAACGCCAUCGUCGCCACCCUCCCCAUCCUGUACCAGUGGACAAUGGCCAAUUGCGCCGGACAUACAAAGCGAGCUUUCGCCAGUGCCCUUAUCGCAGGAGCCUUUGCUGUGGGUAACAUUAUUGGUCCGCAGACUUUCCAGGCGCGUGAUGCGCCAGAGUAUCGCCCUGCUAAGAUUACUGUCCUUGCGACACAGUCGGCUGCUGUGGUGGUCUCUGUUGUGCUGUUUGUAUACUAUCGUGUUGAGAAUGGAAGGCGGAAUCGGAAAGUGGGAGCUGUGAAUGAGGCGUUGGUUGAUGAGGUUAAAUGGGCUGGGUUGACGGAUAAGGAGAACCCAUGUUUUCGUUAUGCUUACUGA